AUGUCUCUCGCAUACCAAGGUCCCACGCUCCCCGACAAAGGCUUCACGGUUGCUCGAUCUGCUGGAACAAAGGUUACGGUCACAAAGGACAACACGCUCAAUGGCUCGUACCACAGCAACUUCACCCGUCUCCAAGCCGAAAGAGUUGAGCCCCUCCCGCUGGAAAUUGUCAACAACUUCGACGCUGGCCCAGUCAACGCCUACAUCCAAGGUCUCGACUCCAAGGGUGCCGUCGUCUUCGUUGCCGCCAACGGGAGCCUCAUCUACCCCAGCUCUCACGGUUCCCGACAACCCGUCAAGAUCGACCACGACCUCGCCAUCCCCCUCCCGCGCAAGGGCAAAUCUCUCAGCCUCAAGAUUCCCAUCCCGCUCUCUUCUGGGAGGGUCUACUUCUGCCAAGGGAACCUCAGCUUCUUCAUGCUGGACACGGGAUACGGCGAGGGCCUCGUGCAGCCCUCCGUGACAAACAUGGACGACCCCAGCGCCUCCCUCCACUGGGGCUUCGUCGAGCUCACGUACACGGCAGCCGGCACAGUCUACGCAAAUAUCAGCUACGUUGACUUUGUCGGCCUCAUUCUCAGCAUGGCCCUCUCCACCAAAGACAAGCCAUCCAGGUCUCAGGUCACACGCGGCCUCCGCGCCGACGCAGUCCAGGCGUUGUGUGAGGGUCUUUGGAGACAGGGUAAAGUCGAUGGUCAACCCUGGCUUGGCCUCUGCGUCGUCGACGAGAACAGGCGCCUCAUCCGCAUCCUCUCCCCGAACUACUACCGCCGCCUGUAUGACGCCGCCUUCGAAGGCUACUGGAACGGCUACAUAGAUAAAGUCUGGCGUCACUACUCCUACAAGCCCCUCACCAUCGACACGCAGACGCCCGCUGGUCCCGUUACAUGUCGGGUCAUCAACAACAUCCUGCGCUGUCUCAAUGACACCCGCGGCUACUCACGUCCCCUGGCGACCGACAUCUGGGGUUGUGACAGCGGUCCCUUUGGCCGCGUCAACGGCGACAACGACGUUCACAUUGCCGUGAUACCGCGUCUUUGCGCGGCGUUUGUCAGGUCGACGCUGCUGCUGCCGGGAGGAGAUGUGCAGCCUAGCUUGAACUCUUCGCAUCAUUAUACAGUUAGCCCGACGCAUCAUUAUAGUCGGCUUGUGCAUGAGCUUCAGGUUGAUGGCAGGGGAUAUGCGUUUUCGUAUGACGAUGUGAAUCCUGCUGGGACGGAGGAUGCUUCGGGGCUUGUUUCUUCGGGGAAUCCGGAUACUUUGACCGUGUACGUUGGGUCUCCGCCAACAGAUUGA